UCACGCCGCCGCCUCCAACGUGUGCUCCCCCACCGGCUCUGCUCCAGAGGUGAACAUGGCAGACGUCUCGGACAGGUCGCUGCAGCUGGCCGUGGUGGUGUCGUUCGCCGCCGGCUUCGUGGCGGGCUGGCAGGCCAACCGGAUGAGGAGGAGGUUCCUGGACUGGAGGAAGAAGCGGCUGCAGGACCAACUGUCAGCGACUCAGAAGAAGCUGGAUCUAGCCUGAGAGAUUCGUGGCUAAGAUCCGGAAGAAGCUGCUGUUUCCUGGAUGUUUGGAGAAGACGCCUCAUCGUGAUCUUCCUGUUCUGCCUCCCUGUUCCUGCCACACCUUCCUGAUAAAGACUGGACUUGAUGUUUACUAUAUGGAAACACAACCAUACCCCUCACAUGGCACCUUCCUGCCUGCCCUCAGACUCUAGUGCGAUCAAAUAUAUGAACUGUGUCUACAGGGAUUUUCCUUCUCAGCGUUUCUCUUGUCUACAUCUGGUCCAAUAAAUUAUUGUGUUUUUCAAGUUUA